AUGGCCAUGGAACCACCCAAGCGCCGUCGCAUUUGGGCGAAGCGGCCGCCGCUGCCACACGAAGAGCUCCAAGCGCCUGCCGCGCAGCCAGCUCUUGCUGCGGAGGCCGCGCCCGCCGGCCAUCGGCGGAGACAGGUGUUUUGCCCGGGCAGGGGCCCGGAACAGCCAUGUUGCUUUGCUGCUGAUGGCAGCGGUCGCGCCGCCAAAGGAACCCGGGACGGGUGCUGCAGCUUUUGUCACCGGGGCAACAUGGACACAGCCUUGGGCACUGCGCGUGGCCGGAAGAUCGUGGCCCGCCUCUUGAGGCAAUGGCGCUUGAUGGCGCCCAACGUCUUUGAGGCGGCUUUCAACCAGAGCAUUUUGGCAGAGAUCGAUGGCGCAGCAAGGGAGAGCUUGCGCGCCCAUGUGUCUGAGCCAACGUGGGAGGAGUUGCUUGCAAAGCGGUGCUCCAUCGUAUCCGGCCCUUCGCCUCAGGAACUCCGUGAAUACCAAGACGGAGUGGAGCAGGAUAGAGCUUAUGUGCAGAAGAAAUUCUUUCCAAGCAGGACACGGACGGUCCGACACGUCAACCACCAAUGGCGAGCGCCAAUGAACGAGGAGCUUCGUGGACAGGUGCGGGAUCUCGCACACAACGAUGCUGGCUUGCCUGCUGCCUACGUCAGCUCUGCAGCUGCUGCUUUGGAGACUUGGUGCAAGCGUGGGUCUUGGGACUUGUGUCGCCAAUGUGCUUCCGUGCAACCACGUCAUCUGAGGGAAGCUGCUUCACGAGACGCAGCCAAAGGAAACAUCAUCCUUUGCAAGAACUGUGCCAAAAAGGAGGACAAGAAAACAUGGAUACCCUCGCCAGAAGAUGUGCCGGCUGUGCUUCGUGGCUUAUCCUGGGCCCAAAUUGAGGCGCUGCGGCCCUUGGACGUGGACAGCGGGCCAGAAUGGAAGGCUGAGUUUGGCUACUACUUCCACAGCAGCAUGAUCCGCUUCUCGUGGGCCCUGGACGACGUGGAGGACAAGAUCGAUGCUUUGCCGAGUCGGCAAGAGCGGAAGAGAGCAAAGAAGGUGCCACUUCGCUACAUCGAGGAAGAGGGCAUCGAGACCGCUGUGUGGCCACAUCUCUACUGGGAUACCCGGCUCUGUGAGACGGCCACUCGCCUAGCGGACGUUCGUCGCAAGCAGCGGGCUGGCCAUCAACAAGAUCCAGAAGACGAUCCCAUGGGUGACGAGACGGGGGGGCAAGAAGACAGCAACGGCCGCCAAAGUCUCAAGCGGAGCUUCCUCCUCAAAGCCUUCGGGCCCAUAGCGGACUACGCUGGUGACUACAACCUCUUGCACUUCGUCUUCGACCUGUCCACUUGGUCGGACAUUGGCGGAAAGAAGGGCGCCCUGCGAGGCAUGCCGAUGUGGCAAGCCAUGAAAGGCGCUGCUUGGACUCCUCAAUACUGGCAAGUUCGCCACGCGGCCGCCUUGGACAUGCAAGCUCAGUGCGGUUACCCGAUCGCUUUCAUCACUUGGGCUCCCUUCGAGUGGUCGGCUCCUUACCAUGAAGCACUUCUGCAGCAGAUGCGAGAUUUAGGCCGGCAACGCCUGGGGUUGGCCGGGCCUGAAUCUUUGCAUUUGGCACAUCUCUUGACUGAGCUCUUCAGGGAAUGGGUCUGUGGCGGCGGCCGCAAGUUCGGCGAUGCCACGUCGCAGUGGAAGGCAGCUCUGUUUGGUGGCACGAAGCCGGAUGGCAGUCGGGUUAAGGUCAACUUCGUGGGCCGCUUGGAAUUCCAGGACGGCAAGCGGAAAGAGUCGACCCAAGACUACCAUGGUCGAGGCGCCGUGCAUCUCCAUGGACUGGUCUUUGCCGAGAGCAUCAAGCACAUGAAGUUGCACGAGAAGUUCCAAGCAACCGUGCCUGCAGAAGGCGACCCCCUGAGAGGCUUGGUGCUCGAUGGCCAAACGAGCAGGACGGGCAGCGGCUGGCCGGUCUUCGAAGGGUUGUCUCACUACGACGCGGCCGUGGACAAGGUGAAGCUUCACCACUCCAAGGAGGACAAGCGGCUCGGCGUGCGAGGCUACAGCCCAGAAGUCCUGGAUGUCUUGAAGUGCCAUCAGGAUGCGCAGAUCGAGCGCGGCACCGGCCUCAUGCUCAAGUAUGCCGCCACCUACUUGCCCAAGUUCAGUGACGGUCCUGGCAAGGAGCUCAUGGAUGACAGUAGCAGCGGCUAUGGAGCUGCCAGGUGUGCCCUUUUCACUUUUCAUCCCGGAGAGCCUGAGAUGUGGAUGCUGCUGGCCAAUCAAAGCUUCCCCAUGUUCGUGAUGGGUGGGACUAUGCAGCCGAUCAUCGCGCCGCACCCAGGCAUGGAGCAGCCCCCGGCUUACGUGGCGCUCUACGAGCAGGCCACUUGGCGCGGCGAGAUGACGCUCCUAGAGUACUUGCGCAGGGUUAACAACAAGGGCAACAUCUUAGAGCAUAUCCGGAAGGCCCACAAGAAGGACACCAGAGGCCUCAGUUUAGAGAGCUUCGCGAUCCGUUACGAGACCUUUGGCGAGAAGGUCAUAGCUGCAGAGAUGGUGUCCACGCUGAAUGAUAAGUACUAUGGCCAGUGGAUGGCUUUGAAUGCGCCCUUCGAGACGUUGAGUGGUUUGCUUGUGCAAGACAUCGUGGACAAGGUGCCUGAACAUGUGAAAUUUUUGGCUUGCGCACUGCAUUGGGCACCUCACGUGUGGCGGAACGAGCAGGCCAUCCGGGAGCACAUGGCUUUGAGGGCGCACAAAGAAUCCCUGGUCAACACAGUGGUUCAAAUGAUCAGGACCCAGGAAUUCUUCAUUCAGCUGCAUCUGAAUGGGCACCUGGAACGAGAAAUGCGAGUGCGGCCGGCCGCGCGCUUGAUGCCAUCUUACUUCGAGGACGCGGACGGCGGCUUCCGAUUGACCGCUGAGCAGAAGCGGGUGGCGGAGAAUAUCGAUCAGCGCGUCGAUCAAGCCCUGGCUAUUCGAGACGCGGCCGACGAGCAGGAGAUGGAGCGAUUGCUUGGCCUUGCAGACGAGCACGGUUCCAUUGUCGCCGUGUCUGGCCAGCCUGGCACCGGCAAGACUGCCGUGGUGGACCUCUGCGUCAAAAGGGCGCAGCGCCUGCAUGCCCGGAUCCUGUUGGCCAUGCCCACGGGGGUUCAACGGUCUCGCAUGAAGCAGCGCCAUCCCGAGGUGGACCUCGACACUUGCCACGGCGCCUUUCUUUUCCACAAGCCGCUGAUAGAGGCCAUGGGCAUCAUGAUGUGCUAUGAUCUGAUCGUCAUCGACGAGGCAGUGCAACUCUUUGAGGAGCAUUUUGAGCGCUUGCAUCAGAUGUGGCUCGCUGCCGGCAAAGUGCCGUGCUUGGUCUUCGUCGGCGAUGAAUGGCAAUUGCCGCCCCCGGACAACACCAAGCGCAGCCUGGUGCACCAUCCAAAAUGGCGCUUCGUCUACAAGGUGGAAUUGCACAAGGUCUGGAGACAAGCUGAUGGCGAUCCCCUGCUUGAAAAGCUCGCUUACCUCCGGAAGAACCGGCCCAUGGGCGGGGAAGGCAGCGCCUUCGUGCGAGAUAUGUGCAGAGGUCACAAAGCCUGGUCUGGGCACCAUGAGCCCACGAACCUGGACAUCCAAGACUUGCUGCGCAAAACCGAUGGGGCUACCACUGUCAUCACGUGCACUCGAUGGGGCGCUGCUCUGGUUAACGCUUUGGCUGUGGAGGUGCUCUUCGAGCUACCCGGCUGCAUCAAGUUGGGCGGCGUAGGCGCCGACUACGAGAGCAACCCGGACAACUACCAUUGGAACGGGACGGCCUACGAGAUGAAGCAGGAUCAAAGCCCGGAGCCCUUGAAAUUAGACCUCUAUGAAGGCCUGCGGAUCCGUCUGACCCGGAAUAUGAACAAGAGGCUGGACUAUGUGAACGGCAUGACGGCCAUUGUGCAAGCCUUCGACCGGUCUUCCGGGGGCGUCAUUGUGGAGACCGAGACCAAGCAGGUGCUCUGUGUGUACCCCGUGACGGAAGACGCCGGCGGCGGCCGGGUGGUCUACUACCCGAUGAAGCCCGGGUACGCAGACACCGUCCACAAGUUCCAGGGGGCGGAGCUGGCCCACGUGACGUUUUGGCCUGACAGAGAAGGGUGCGCAGCCGCUGCCUAUGUGGCUUUAUCCAGGGUGAGGAAAGAUGCCGACUACCUCUUGGGAGGCUACAUCAAGCCUGAGCACUUCGCGCCGGCCAAGUGA